AUGCUCUCGUCUCUUUUCUUCUUGUUGCUCAAUGCCUUCGUAGCAUUCGUCCACGCGAGCUCCGACUACCACGAGCAGCUCCUUCUUCGACCCCUUCCGCAAGGCACACUUCUUGCCUCGUUCAACUUCCGCAGCAACGAGAGCGCUGCCUCGUUCGAGCAGCAGAAUUUCCGAUACUUCCCGAGGCCUUUCGGGCAGAUCUUGCAACAUGCGCACGCAAAGGAGCUGCACCUUAGAUUCAGUGUUGGGAGGUGGGACGCCGACAACUGGGGCCAGCGGCCGUGGCACGGAGCAAGAGAGGGGGGAACUGGUGUGGAGUUGUGGGCUUGGGUAGAAGCUGACACUGAAGACGAAGCAUUCGCACGAUGGCUGACGCUCACAAACGCGCUGUCUGGCCUCUUCUGUGCUUCUCUCAAUUUCAUCGAUGCCACCAAAACGAUACGACCCGUCAUGGCUUUUUCCCCCGAAGGCAGUCACGGAAACACAUCGAAUCUCCAUCUACUGCACGGCACACUGCCUCAUGAGGUAGUAUGCACGGAGAAUCUGACUCCUUUCAUCAAGCUGCUACCUUGCAAGGGCAAGGCGGGUAUCUCAAGCUUGCUGGACGGCCACAAGCUCUUCGAUGCUUCAUUUCAGACCAUGGCCAUCGAUGUACGCCCAACGUGCGAGGAAGGCAGCUCCACCUGCUCGUUGGAGAUGGAGCAGACUGUUGACAUGGUCUUGGACAUCGCCCGAUCAAAACGUCCACGAGACAACCCCAUCCCCCGGCCCCUGCCAAUCGAACAGAUUGAGUGUGACACUUCGAAGCACUAUAACGCGGAUGACACUUGCUAUCCCUUGAACAAGGGAACUGAACCGUCGUGGACACUAGAGGAAGUGUUUGGAAGGCCACUGAAGGGAGGUUGCCCGUUGCAUGAAGAGAGUGGACUAGAGACAAACACUCUUUGUAUCAAUACGCCACCAGAGCGCACUGUAGAAGUCAACACAACCGGACAGUUUACCGAAUCAAAAUUGGUUUCGGACACGCUUCGAUGUUACCAGUUGCCCACUGGCCCAGACUUCGACCUCGUCCUCCCCGAGCAGAAGAUGACUACCGGUCUCGUUCGUCCCGACCCCCCGGUUUUUGCUGCGAGGUCCAUCAACGGACAUGGUCAGGAACGAGGAAGCACGCAAUCUAUCAUCAGGAAUCCUUCCACGACCGAGGCGGUAGAGAUUGUGUAUUUGGAGUCUCUCCCUUGGUUCAUGAAGCCGUACCUUCACACCCUGCGUGCCCAUGUUGACACUUCUGAUGAGAGCCCAAUCAAGGAGACGUACUAUCGACCAGCAGUUGAUCGAAAGCGCGGCACACAUCUUGAGCUACGCAUGGUCAUCCCGCCUAGCUCUACCUUGACGCUGACCUACGACUUUGAGAAGGCUAUUCUGCGAUACACUGAGUAUCCGCCCGACGCGAAUCGCGGCUUUGACGUUGCGCCUGCCGUUAUCCGAAUUCUCUCGCCACACUCGGGGGACAAUAAGGGCAUCUACGUACGCACCACUUCGUUGUUGCUGCCACUUCCUACGCCAGACUUUAGUAUGCCGUACAAUGUUAUUAUCUUGACUAGCACCGUCAUGGCGCUAGGGUUCGGCAACAUCUUCAACCUGCUGGUGCGCCGCUUCGUAGGCGUAGAUGAGGUGCCAGCGACCGGGGGGUUGAAAGGCAUCUUGAUGGGCAAAAUACAUAGACUCAGAGCAAUACUCGGGAGGGCCUAA